GGAAAGGCCGGCGGGGUGAGGGCCAGGCGGGCGCCGAGCAAAGUAGGGUGGGAGCGUGCCUGGUUGCCAGGUGACAGGAGGGGGAGUUCCUGUUGCUUAGUGACUGGGAGAGGGCCUUGUCAGGUGAAGGGAGGAGAGAACCCUGGUUAUUGACAAGGGGAAGUCUUUCGUUGCUAGGCGACCAGAAGAGACCCUGUUACCCAGAGACGAGAAAGGAGGAGUCCUCCAUUGCUAGCAGGAGCUGAGGAGGGCAUGUCUCAGGCGCCGGAAGCGAGACCAAGAUCACCCUCAGUGUAUCACGAGCGGCAGCGGCUAGAGCUGUGUGCCGUUCACGCUCUCAACAACGUCCUCCAAGAGCAGCUCUUUAGCCAGGAAGCUGCCGACGAAAUCUGCAAGAGGCUAGCCCCAGAUUCCCGGCUGAACCCCCAUCGCAGUCUCUUGGGCACCGGCAACUAUGAUGUCAACGUGAUCAUGGCUGCCCUGCAGGGCCUGGGCCUGGCCGCUGUGUGGUGGGACAGGAGGAGACCCCUGUCCCAGCUGGUCCUGCCCCAGGUACUAGGCCUGAUCUUGAACCUACCCUCUCCUGUGUCGCUGGGGCUGCUGUCCCUGCCACUGCGCCGGCGACACUGGGUGGCCCUGCGCCAGGUGGACGGCAUCUACUAUAAUCUGGACUCAAAGCUACGGGCGCCUGAAGCCCUGGGGGGCGAGGAUGGUGUCAGGGCCUUCCUGGCAGCUGCCUUGGCUCAAGGCCUGUGCGAGGUGCUAUUGGUGGUGACCAAGGAGGUGGAGGAGGCUGGCUGCUGGCUGCACACAAGCUGAUGUACUGCCUGGGAAGGGUUGCCUGCUGCCACGUUCCUGUGUCCAGUGCCUGAAAAGAACCUGUAACUUCAGGCCUCAGGAGGCCUGUCCUGCCCCAGUGUCCCCACUCCCCUGACCACUGCUGCCUCAAUAAAUCUGCUCUUUUGUUA